UGAAGCUACCGUUCACAACCAUGUUGGCACUGCUCUUGAUGUGGUUUGGAAUAUCUUUGCCUUUGGUUUUCUUAGGAUAUUACUUUGGUUAUAGAAAAUAUGUAAGUAUAUAUGUAUUUGCGUGAAAACAUUGUAAAGAAUUUUACACAAACAAUGGCUUUUGCAUCAUUCUGUAUAGCCUUAUGAGCAUCCUGUGCGGACCAAUCAAAUUCCACGACAAGUACCAGAGCAAGUCUGGUAUGUUCAUCCCAUACCAAGGUAAGACUAUUUAGAUUUGAAUCUACAAUUUACUUUUACAUCAUGAUAUUCAUAUGGGCAGAACUUUAAUUCUUAGGCUAGGUAGCCGAACCUACCUGAGCCUGGUUGUUCGAAAGCCCGAAACGCAAGAACUCCCUUUACAAAUGGCAGAACUCCCUUUACAAAUGGCAGAACUCCCUUUUCAAAUGCCAGAACUCCCUUUUCAAAUGCCAGAACUCCCUUUUCAAAUGGCAGAACUUGGUUUUCAAAUGGCAGAACUCCCCUUUCAAAUGCCAGAACUCCCUUUUCAAAUGCAAGGACUCCCUUUUCAAAUGCCAGAGCUCCCUUUACAAAUGCCACAACCCCCUUUUCAAAUGCAAGGACUCCCUUUUCAAAUGGCUGAACUCCCUUUACAAAUGGCAGAACUCCCUUUACAAAUAGCAGAACUCCCUUUACAAAUGCCAGAACUCCCUUUACAAAUGGCAGAACUCCCUUUUCAAAUGGCAGAACUCCCUUUUCAAAUGCCAGAACUCCCUUUUCAAAUGCCAGCACUCCCUUUUCAAAUGCCAGCACUCCCUUUACAAAUGGCAGAACUCCCUUUACAAAUGGCAGAACUCCCUUUACAAAUAGCAGAACUCCCUUUACAAAUGCCAGAACUACCUUUACAAAUGACAGAACUCCCUUUUCAAAUGCCAGAAACCAAAUCAAAUUUGAUUAAUAAAUAUAUAAACAAUCUGUAUAUACAAUACUAUCCGCUAAUAGCGAAGCCUACCUAUAUACACUGGAACAACCCGUACAAGAUUAAUAUUCCUAUGUAUAUGUAUUCUCCAGCAAUCUCAUGGCCGGUAUUCUACCAUUUGGAGCUGUGUUUAUUGAACUGUUCUUUAUUUUAACGGUAUGUCGUCCAUCGAUUGCUUUAAUUAUGUUAAUUCUGAUAUUUUGUUUGCGUGAUAUACUCUUUAAACUUCUUUAAACUCUUUCAGGCCAUCUGGGAAAAUCAGUUUUAUUAUUUGUUCGGAUUUUUGUUCCUUGUGUUUAUAAUUCUUGCGAUGUGUUGCUCGCUGAUCGCCGUUGUAGUUACUUAUUUCCAACUUUGUGCUGAGGUGAGUGUGGAAGUGCGUCUUCCUAUGUUGAAGAUAUUUCGAGACUAUUCCAGGAUCUUUAGUUUAUAACCCCUGGCUCGGAUGAAUUGGGCAGCCACACCCGGUGUAAUGAACAUUAUAAUGAUGUGUAAUCUGUGAAUUUGUUAGUUUAAAUAGUGUUGUAAUGUAGCAUGCAUGUCAGGCAGGACUGGACUUAAUUUAGGACUCUGAGCCUUCAAUUGUUAUAAUUGUAAAAUUAAUUUUAUUUAUUUUUUUAAAAAAUUCCAGUCGAACCCUUUCUGGACCUCACCAAUGCAUGUAUCUGUUUAAGAGAGGUGUCUGCUAAUAGGGUUCGACUGUGCUAUUACUACUGAUAUCAGAGAGAUUACAUGCGUGGCUCUGUUUAAUAAUUCUGUACAGUAGUUGACCAUGUUCAAAUUUCUGAGGGUUUACAUUUUGUUGUAUUUAAGGAUUACCACUGGUGGUGGCGAUCGUUCUUGACAUCGUCUUCGUGUUCAUUCUAUGUUCUAGCUUAUGCCAUCUUUUACUACAUCAAUAAGGUUAGUAUACUUAUUCUUUACCAGCUUGUGGUGACCUCCUUAUCCAAGGGUAAUAGACCUUUCCCUUUUGAGUGAAAUUUUGAUCUAGACAAGUCUGGACAAAAAUUUCAUCACAGCUUGAAAGAGCAUCACAAAAUUAGUAAUAUUCCAAACUUUCGUUGCGAAAUGUUGUAAAAUGCGGAUAAUAUAGCCUUGCAAAGUUUGCCGUUUUUCAGUCAUUUUGUAUUACAAAUGGGAAAUUGAUAAUCAGUUUGAGCAGGCCCACCCAAAAGGCUAGGUGUGGUCUGGCAAGCCCAUCUCGUAUUAGCCUGCCUGGCUAAUGGUCAGCCCAGCCCCCUGCGGCUGACGGCCUGCCACGCAAGCUAAUCUCAUAUAAACAGCCCCUUAACCUAACUCUACGUCUUUUUCAGCUUGAGAUUGUGAGUUUCGUUUCUGCCCUUAUAUACUUCGUGUAUACUUUAACGAUGGUGUUUACGUUCUGGCUUCUUACUGGUACCAUUGGCUUCUACGCCACGUACUAUUUUAUAAGGAAGAUAUAUGGUGCUGUCAAGAUUGACUAAUACUCGAAAAGCUAACAAUGUGAAUAACUUACAUAUUGCCAUCAAGUACAUUUGCUUUAUGUAUGUCAGGUAACAGAUAUUAGGGUAAUGAAUAGUAACAGACAGCCUCCUUCGCAAAGUUGGAUUUCCUCGAACGAUUUCGCUGUGGAAAUUUUUCGCUCAAUUCUUGUAAGCGGUCGUGUAAAACUUAUUUUAUGCGGAUCGUCACAAUUCAAAAGAAAUAAAGUGAAAUAUUUCGAAAUUUUUCUCUGUGAAAGCAUCCUUCUUGCUCGGUGGCAAAAACGGCUGAAUUACGCAAUAUUUGGGAGAAAUUGCGCAAUAGUUGUGGAGAGUUUUAUUUCCUGACUGCACAAUUAUUCCUCAGGAUCCCCUGGUACCUCCAUGCUUGUAUUUGAAGUAGGCAGCGCGAAAAAUAAGAUGGCUUCGGAUCCAUGCAACUCCCUGAAAAAUACAAGGAGAACUUCGAUGUUUCGAGCGAAGGCCCUUCUUGUAACUUCACUCUCCUUCGCAGAGCCGUAUAGUUAAACACAAUAGGGAGUUUAAGAUGCCGAUAACGAACUACGGGUACGGAGUACGGUUGAAGGCUUGUGUUUGCAUUGCUUUAACAGAGGCACUGGCAAAAUUUACAUAUCCCCAGAGCAUACUUUUCACCGUAGCGACCUUGGCUACAGCGUAAAAAUCACAUUCUUGUGUUGUGAAACAGAAUCAAGAACAAAGCACCGAAACUGACUACGCAAUGUGCAGGUUGGAGCAGGCCUCGAAUUUCCCUGAAAUCAAUCGACGGCAAUGGCGUUAAAAAUUGCCGUAGAACGUAACAGCUGUCUACGGCAAUUUUGGCAGUUUCCGCGGCAUUUUUUCAAAUUACUGUAACAAAAAUUUAAUUUUAUUGUUAAUAUAGUAAUUUAGUGAAUAGUAUAAAAAUUAUACUAUACGGCAAAAAAUUGCCGUCGUUUCCGCAAUGAUCCACGGCAUUUUGUACUCCCUCUACGGCAAUUGCCGCGAUAAAAUUCGAGCCCUGGGUUGGAGUGUGUUUUUAUAAAGAAAUGAUGAAAAUUAAAAGAUGAAACUUGCCGAACACAAAGCCAUGCACAUAAAACAUAUUUGGGAUAAAUUUGUUAUGACAAGCAUUUAGUAUUUGGAUACAUAUAACAAAAACUAUUUCAAACGUAGUCGGCAGUUCGUCGUCAAGAUCUUAAACUCCCUAAUGGUUAAACACGAAGGCUGGCUGUAUAUAAUUAAACACGCGGGCUAUAUACCCGCAAAUUAUGAUGCAUGCGGGAAAAAGGCCCAUUUCCACGCACAGAAAAUUUUCCGAAAAUAUCAUUGUUAAAAUUUCCAACUAUCCGACGGAAAAUUUGUGUCGGCCAAUCCCAUAUUAUACAAAAUUUUCUUUCUGCGGAAAAUUUUCCCAAGUGGAAAUGGACCCUUUACAUUUUCGGGAGAAUGGGACCAACAAAGGCUCGAAACGUCGAAGUUCUUGUAUUUUUCAUGUAGUUGUAUCCCUAUGAAUCAGAAGCUUUCUUAUUGCGUAAUUAUGCAUUUUUUGCUGCUGAGUUGCCUGCGGAGGAGGACGAGUAACAAACAGUUAUUUUAAUUUUUUGUCAACUUUUCAUAGCCCUUACUAGGAGGGAACAUAUAUAAUACGAGCUUUGCUCGGGAGUUCCGCACUCAUAUUCGCAGGUCCUUGUUGUCUCUUGUUGUAAAUGCACACAGUAUUGUAUUACAGAAUACAGAUAUGAUGAAUCCGAUUGAAAUUUUGAUGUUGAGUUUUUAAUUAUAUAUUGGUCAUUUUGUAUUUAUAAUCAAACUUUCUUUUCCAGUGCGAUUUUUUUGGAAAUCAUGCUAUGGGAAAAGUAUGGAUUCUAGUUGGAAAUAAUCUGGAAAUCUAAUUUCCAUUUUCUGGGUCCAUACAGUAUAUGGAUUUCAUAUUUUGAUAGAAAAAUGUUUCUAGCGAAAAUUGCUCAACUUCUGCGAAAUAGCAGUUCUCUGAGAAGCCAAUCAUAUCUCUCCCUUUAGAAUGGUACUAAAGUGGAAAUAUAAUUUGUGUUUUCUGUGCUUUGUUAUACGAUGCGACUGCCAAUUAAACAGAAACAAACUGUUGCACAUGUCAACUAUAGUUUUGUUGUAUUUUCACACACGUACAUUAUAUUUACAAAAAUAGCUAUUUAUCACUACCAUAAAUAUAGAUGUUCUUGUUAUUGUCAUCAAUCAAUUUGAUUAGGUCUUAACAAGUUUCUCAGAAACUAGGAUAAAUAGACCCAUUCUGCUGAUGUGUUUAUGUCCAUUGCCACGUAAUUCACUGACAUAUAUAAUUUAAAUGCUUGGUUACCUUUGUUCCAUUCUAUGCUUGCAUUGUCAGAACAGUGGUAACUAGGCAUGUGAGUUAUCAAUUCACUCGCAUAUAUAAUUUAAAUGCUUGGUUACCUCCGUUCCAUUCUAUGCUUGCAUUAUCAGAACAGUGGUAACUAGGUAUGCGAGUUAUCAAUUCAAUCGAUGCGAGUCAUGAAUUCGAUGUCAACAGGCAUAAACAUGCUGAGUAUAGGUUCACGAUGGAAAUUUGGUCUGCAGUGAUGCUUGAGAAAUUGCCUCAGAAAUUCGUACGGUUUGAUGCCUUCCCGUAUAGAUAAUUUUUCAUUUGUUUUUCAUUGGCUUGUCAUGUCCGUUUCUUGAUUUCCAGAUAUAUCCAUUAUUUCAGUAACAUCGUCUCUUGUAUUACCGGAGUUCCCUGCGUUUCCAUUAUUGCUUUCCAUCGCGUUGUUACGCCUCUGUACGACAUUCUCGUAUUGUUCAACGAAGGCGUGUGAUUUCGCCUGGAUUUUCUUAUUGUGUUGCUGGA